GCCGCGGUCCCUCCCUCCAUCCACGCCUCCGGAAUCGAACCCCUUCAGUUCUCCUCGCGCCCUUUUUCGCGACCCGGCCAUGAUCCGUCCGCCUCUCGAUCUCCUCCAUCGAAACGACGUAACCGCGAAGCAAAGCUUUCUCGCUCCCCCUCAUCGAUCGAUCACCAUCUAGCUCGAUGUGUAUUUUUGGCUGACGGGAUCCGGAUCCUAGCAUUUUUCUACGAUUAACUGAAGCUGCGUGUGCAGUGUGCUUCUCCGUCCUCCUUCCUCCACCCCUUUCUCGUCGUCCCGAGCUGUCGUCGUCGCUGCGUACUUUGGAUAGCUGGACUUCUUCCUCUCGAGUCCCUUCGCCGCAACUGUUUACGCAGUCGACGCCGCACCAACCGAAAUCUUUUCCCUUUCAUAUGUAGAGAGAGACGCGGAGGGAAGGUGUGAGAGAGGUGAGAUAUUUGCUUCCAUGCACAACUGCUCCAGUAGAGAGGAGAGAGAGCCAAGGCGCGCUGCUGCGCAGGUGUACAUACUGGCUGGAGAGAGAAUAGCCUUGGGCUGAUUUCAUGAGCAAGGGAAGGGAUCGCGCUCUACCUGCAGCGCGUAACAGCAAUCCUUCCACUUCUACACAGUGAGAGACUCAGGUUUGCAGCUGUAAGUACAAGGUUCUAGAAGCUUCUACCAGGAGCGAGGCGCCGCCAUGGGCAACGUGUGCUUCUGCGGCACCACGUCCACCUCCCCCGAUCAGCCUGAAGCAGCAUCUGCCAAAGCGCCGCCACAGGGAGCCACCAAGAGGCCGGCGACGCCUCCGAGCAGUCAGGGGACCAGCCAAGAGCCGAGCCCGAAGCCGAAGCCGAGGCCCAAGGCUAACCCCAAGCCCAACCUGUACGACUGGGCGCCGCCGCCGGGGCAGCAGCACGCGGCGUCCCGCGGCGGCGGCGGGGCGACGGCGGCGCGCGUGCUGGACGGCGUGGUGCCGCACCACCCGCGCCUGCGCGUGACGGACAAGUACCACCUCGGCCGGGAGCUCGGCCGCGGCGAGUUCGGCGUCACUCGGCUCGCCACCGACCGCGCCACGCGGGAGCGGCUGGCGUGCAAGUCCAUCCCGAAGCGGCGCCUCCGCACGGCGGUGGACGUGGCGGACGUCCGGCGCGAGGUGGCCAUCAUGGCGUCGCUGCCCGACCACCCGGCGCUCGUGCGCCUCCGGGCGGCCUACGAGGACGCCGAGGCCGUGCACCUGGUGAUGGAGCUCUGCGACGGCGGGGAGCUGUUCGACCGGAUCGUGGCGCGCGGGAGGUACACGGAGCGCGCCGCGGCGGCGGCGGCGAGGACCGUGGCGGAGGUGGUGCGGGCGUGCCACGCGCACGGGGUGAUGCACCGGGACCUCAAGCCCGAGAACUUCCUGUACGCCGGCAAGAGCGAGGACGCGCAGCUCAAGGCCAUCGACUUCGGCCUCUCCGUCUUCUUCAAACCAGGCGAGCGGUUCACGGAGAUCGUGGGCAGCCCGUACUACAUGGCGCCGGAGGUGCUCCGGCGGAACUACGGGCCGGAGGUGGACAUCUGGAGCGCCGGCGUGAUCCUGUACAUCCUCCUCUGCGGCGUGCCGCCCUUCUGGGCGGAGACGGAGCAGGGCGUGGCGCGCGCCAUCCUCCGCGGCAGCCUGGACCUGCAGCGCGAGCCCUGGCCCCGGAUCUCCGAGGGCGCCAAGAGCCUCGUCCGCCAGAUGCUCCAGAUGGACCCCCGGAAGCGCCCCACCGCGCAGCAGGUGCUCGAGCACCCGUGGCUGCAGAACGAACGCAAGGCGCCGAACGUGCCGCUGGGCGACGUCGUGCGCGCGCGGCUGCAGCAGUUCUCGGCCAUGAACAAGCUGAAGAAGAAGGCGAUGCGGGUGAUCGCGGAGCACCUGUCGGUGGAGGAGGUGGAGGUGAUCCGGGACAUGUUCGCGCUCAUGGACACGGACAAGGACGGCCGGGUGACGCUGCAGGAGCUCAAGGCCGGGCUCAAGAAGGUCGGGUCCAAGCUCGCCGAGCCGGAGAUGGAGCUGCUCAUGGAGGCCGCCGACGUGAACGGCAACGGGUACCUGGACUACGGCGAGUUCGUGGCGAUCACCAUCCACCUGCAGCGGCUCUCCAACGACGGCCACCUCCGCACGGCGUUCCUCUUCUUCGACAAGGACAGCAGCGGCUACAUCGAGCGCGCCGAGCUGGCCGACGCGCUCGCCGACGAGAGCGGCCACACCGACGAGGCCGCGCUCAACAACGUCCUCCGGGAAGUCGACACCGACAAGGACGGGCGGAUCAGCUUCGACGAGUUCGUGGCGAUGAUGAAGGCCGGGACGGACUGGAGGAAGGCGUCGCGGCAGUACUCGAGGGAGCGGUUCAAGACGCUGAGCAACAGCCUCAUGAAGGACGGCUCGCUCGGCAUGGCGCGCUGACGGAGGUCGACGACGGCGACGCUCAGAAAUCGAUGCGAUGCGAUGCUUGGUUUUUUUGGAUGCAUACAACAUCAAUUUGAUGGUUAUAUGGCUGCCUGUCUGUGUAUAUUUGUUGAAGGAUAUCUGAAUCUUUGGUAGGGUUAAGCUGGAGUGUAUGAACUUUGUGCUGCCUGUAAUUACGUAGUAGUACCGUGCAAAGGAAUCGUAGGUACCCCAAAAUGUCCAUUGCAGAAUUUGUUUCGUGGUGAUGUGGAUUCAUUUCAGUAUAACAGCAGACACCUCUUUUUUUUUUAAUAUAGAACGCAUGUUUCAUUAAGAGGAAAA